AUAUAUUCACAGAUGGCAUUUGAACUUUAUGGUAUGCUGGCUGGAAGUGUGAGUUCUGUAACAGGUGAGAAUAUUAAACCUGCAUAUGGAGGUGAAAAGGAGGCAUUCUUGAUGAAAGUUGUGACUCCUAUCUACAAUACAAUUGCAAAGGAAGCUCAUAAAAGCAAAGGAGGAAAGACAAAACAUUCUCAAUGGAGAAAUUAUGAUGAUCUGAAUGAGUACUUCUGGUCAGUUGAUUGUUUUCGCAUAGGGUGGCCAAUGCGUGCUGAUGCUGAUUUCUUUCAUGUGCCUGAUGAAGUUAAAGAGAAUGAGGUGGAAAAACCUACUGGUAGUAGGAGGUGGGUAGGGAAGAUCAAUUUUGUUGAGAUAGAUUCAUACUGGCAUAUAUUUAGGAGUUUUGAUAGGAUGUGGAGCUUUUUCAUUUUAUGUUUACAGGCAAUGAUUAUUAUAGCAUGGAAUGGAUCUGGUAAACUAAGCUCUGUCUUUGAUGGAGAAGUGUUCAAGAAAGUUUUGAGCAUCUUCAUAACAGCAGCAAUUUUGAAACUUGGACAAGCUGUCAUUGAUCUGGUGAUGAUGUGGAAAGCAAGGUUUAGCAUGUCAUUUCACGUGAAGCUUAGAUACAUAUUGAAGACACUUUCAGCAGCAGCUUGGGUCAUAGUUUUACCAAUUACAUAUUCUUAUAGUUUAAACAAUCCUUCUGGAUUUGGACAAACAAUGAAGAGUUGGUUUGGAAGUGGACCAAGUUCCCCUUCUUUGUUCAUUUUAGCAAUUGUUGUUUACUUGUCUCCAAACAUGCUUUCAGCAUUAUUAUUCCUCCUACCCUUUUUCCGUAGAAAACUAGAGAGAUCAAAUUACAGAAUUGUCAGAUUCAUCAUGUGGUGGUCACAGCUUCCACUUUAUGUGGGGAGGGGAAUGCAUGAAGAUCCUCUUUCCCUAAUCAAGUACACAUUCUUUUGGGUUAUCCUCUUAGUGGCAAAGUUAGCUUUCAGCUACUACUUAGAGAUAAAGCCUCUAGUGGGUCCUACAAAAGCAAUUAUGAAUGUUCACAUAAGACGUUACCAAUGGCAUGAGUUCUUCCCCCAAACUAGCAACAAUCUUGGUGUUGUCAUUGCACUUUGGGCUCCUAUUAUUCUUGUAUAUUUCAUGGAUACACAAAUUUGGUAUGCUAUCUUUUCAACUAUAUUUGGUGGUUUCUAUGGUGCAUUUAGGCGUCUUGGAGAGAUACGAACACUGGAAAUGUUGAGAAGUAGGUUUGAGCAACUGCCAUUUGCUUUUAACAAAUGGUUAGUUCCAGCAGAAAAUAGUGAAAAGGCUAAAAAGGGACUCAAGGCUACUCUAUCACGUAGAAUCACUAAGAUCACAUCUGAUAAAGAGGAAGCAGCAAAGUUUGCUCAAAUGUGGAAUAAAAUCAUUACAAGUUUCAGGGAAGAAGAUUUGAUAAACAACAGUGAAAUGGCCCUAUUACUCAUGCCAUAUUGGGCAGAUCUUGAUUUAAAUCUCAUCCAGUGGCCUCCAUUUUUACUUGCUAGCAAGCUUCCUAUAGCAUUGGAUAUGGCAAAAGAUAGUAAUGGAAGAUACUCUGAAUUGCAAAAGAGGCUGAAUUUAGACAGGGAUCGUGAAAAGGCUGUUUUAACUGAGAUAUUCAACACGGUUGACAUGCACAUAGAGAAGGGAGAACUUUUAAAGGAGUUUGAUAUGCGGGCCUUACCUAGCCUCACUUUUCAGUUUGUUAAGCUUAUUGAGUUUUUGAUGAAAAAUGAAGAAGGUGACAAGGAUGGUGUUGUGAUUGUAUUACUUAAUAUGUUGGAGAUCAUGACAAGAGACAUAAUGAUGGAUGCACCAAUUUCUAGUUUGAUGGAAUCAAACCAUGGUGGUGCUUAUGGAAACCAUGAAGCUCAACAAGAUAAACAAUAUCAGAAGUUCUUUGCAGCUCUUAAUUUUCCUGUUACAAAAGAAACAGAUGCUUGGAAAGAGAAAAUAAGAAGGCUUCAUCUGUUGCUUACUGAGAAGGAAUCUGCUAUGGAUGUUCCAUCAAACAUAGAAGCCAGAAGGCGUAUCUCUUUCUUCUCAAAUUCCUUGUUUAUGGAUAUGCCUAUGGCACCUAAAGUUAGAAACAUGAUUUCUUUCUCGGUUCUUACUCCUUACUUCAAUGAGGAUGUUCUUUUCUCCAUGGAUGCAUUGGAAAAGCCAAAUGAAGAUGGAGUUUCCAUCCUUUUUUACUUGCAGAAAAUUUUCCCAGAUGAAUGGGACAAUUUUCUACAAAGGGUGGGAUACAAACAUGAAGAUGAAAUGAAAGGUAAUCCAGAAAUGGAAGAAGAGCUUCGCCAUUGGGCAUCAUAUAGAGGCCAAACACUAACUAAAACUGUUAGAGGCAUGAUGUAUUAUAAGCAAGCAUUGGAACUUCAGACUUUCCUUGACAUGGCAAAAGAUGAUGAAUUAAUGAAAGGUUACAAAGCUGCUGAAUCCAACACUGAAGAAUAUUUAAGCAAUAAUAGAUCAUUAUUGACACAAUGUCAAGCAGUGGUGGAUAUGAAGUUCUCAUAUGUGGUAUCAUGCCAACAAUAUGGAAUCCAAAAAAGAGCAGGACUUGCUCAUGCUCAUGACAUUCUCAGACUCAUGACAACGUAUCCUUCUCUUCGUGUUGCUUUUAUUGAUGAGGUUGAAGAAACCAGCAAUGAAAAAACAAAAAAAGUGGUGGACAAAGUUUCCUUUUAUUCAGUUCUUGUGAAAGCUGUUCCAAAGUCUGCUGAUUCCUCUGAUCCAGUUCAAAACCAAGAUCAGGUUAUAUAUCGUAUAAAACUUCCGGGACCUGCGAUACUGGGAGAGGGAAAACCAGAAAACCAAAACCAUGCAAUAAUAUUUACACGUGGAGAAGGCCUUCAAACAAUUGAUAUGAACCAAGAUAACUACAUGGAAGAAGCAUUUAAAAUGAGAAAUUUGCUUCAAGAAUUUCUUGUCACACAUGGCGUAAGGACCCCAACUAUACUUGGCCUCAGGGAGCAUAUUUUCACUGGCAGUGUUUCUUCUCUUGCGUGGUUUAUGUCAAAUCAGGAGACAAGUUUUGUAACCAUUGGACAAAGAUUAUUAGCCAACCCUUUAAAAGUGAGAUUCCACUACGGGCAUCCAGAUGUAUUCGAUAGACUAUUUCACCUAACCAGAGGUGGUGUCAGCAAGGCUUCCAAAAUCGUUAACCUCAGUGAAGACAUAUUUGCAGGUUUUAAUUCUACAUUACGUGGUGGAAAUGUUACGCAUCAUGAAUACAUCCAAGUUGGAAAAGGAAGAGAUGUUGGUUUGAAUCAGAUCUCAUUGUUUGAAGCAAAGAUUGCAAAUGGAAAUGGAGAGCAGACAAUGAGUCGUGAUAUUUAUAGACUUGGACACCGUUUUGAUUUCUUUCGCAUGCUCUCUUGCUACUUCACCACUGUUGGAUUUUACUUCAAUACAUUGGUAACUGUGCUUAUUGUAUACGUGUUUCUCUAUGGACGCCUAUACCUUGUUCUAAGUGGACUCGAAAGAGAAUUAAGCACAAACAAACAAGUCGUAAACGACAAACCCCUUCAAGUCGCUCUCGCAUCCCAAUCCUUCGUCCAAAUCGGCUUCCUCAUGGCGCUUCCAAUGAUGAUGGAAAUCGGCCUCGAACGCGGUUUCCACAAAGCCCUAACUGAUUUCAUCCUCAUGCAACUCCAACUCGCCUCCGUCUUCUUCACCUUCUCCCUCGGCACCAAAACCCACUACUACGGCCGCACUCUCCUACACGGCGGCGCACAGUACCGCGCCACAGGUCGCGGAUUCGUCGUCUUCCACGCCAAAUUCGCCGAAAACUACCGACUCUACUCUCGCAGCCAUUUCGUGAAAGGAAUCGAGCUUUUGAUUUUACUUGUUGUGUAUGAGGUUUUUGGGCAAUCGUAUAGGGGAUCGGUUGCGUAUAUUUUGAUUACGAUUUCGAUGUGGUUUAUGGUGGGGUCGUGGCUUUUUGCGCCGUUUUUGUUUAAUCCUUCGGGGUUUGAGUGGCAGAAGAUUGUGGAUGAUUGGACUGAUUGGAGUAAGUGGAUUAGUAAUAGAGGGGGAAUUGGGGUUUCGGUGGAUAAGAGUUGGGAGUCGUGGUGGGAGAAGGAACAAGAACAUCUUGUGGCGUCUGGGGUUAGGGGGACUGUUAUGGAGAUUUUGUUGGCGUUGAGGUUUUUUAUUUAUCAAUUUGGGCUUGUGUAUCAUUUGAGUUUGACUGAGAGUAAAAGUUUUCUGGUUUAUGGGAUUUCGUGGCUUGUGCUCAUUGGAGUAUUACUCGUAAUGAAGGCCAUGUCAUAUUGGAGAAAAACCCUUAGUGCUGAUUAUCAACUUCUCUUCCGAUUAAUCAAUGGUUUCAUAGUUGUUGCAUUUGCUUCUACUCUAAUCACAUUGGUUGCACUACCACACAUGACAAUCAAGGAUAUUGUCGUAUGCAUCCUCGCCUUCCUCCCUACUGGCUGGGGACUACUUCUGAUAUCACAAGCUUUUGAGGCCAUUUUUGCGAAGAUCUGGACUCUGGUCAUCGAUUAGAACCCUAGCGCAAUACUAUGAAAUAAUCAUGGGGUUACUUUUAUUCACUCCGGUUGCAUUUCUUGCAUGGUUUCCAUUCGUGUCAGAAUU